AUGCCUGGUCGAUCUUCCGCCCGUUCGACCUCUGCGACGACAUCACGUAGACCGUCCGCCCAACCAUCAGUAUCAGGUGGGCGCGCAGGUUCUGUAACUCCUUCUGUCGCCAUCCCGGAGGAACCCCCAUUGCCCGAGGCUUUUCCCAAUUUGCGCCGAGAUGUCUGUUUACUCUUCGCUGAUGCGCAACGCUCGACAACCGGACACCGAAAACUCGUCGUGCGGCUUAGAAAGCUCCAGGAGGCUUGCUGCGGCAUAUCACAGAAGAGCUCUAAGAAAAACGGUAAAGAGGUUCAAGAGGAGACCUUGAUUCCAGGUGAAGAGACACUCCCCGAAACGGAAUUUAAUGUGGAGAUUGGUCGCUGCAUGCUACGGAUUCUGCCCAUCAAAAAGUCGGAACCCGUUGGUGACCGUGUCUUGCGCUUUAUUGGCACUUUCUUGACCCAUGCAUCCGAAAAGGAUGCCGAGCUUUUCACGAACGAUGAUGAUGAAGUUAGCGCCGAAACGCCCACGUCCCGUUUGGCCACCAGCCUGGUUGCCCGUAUUAUGCCGCUACUAGCUGCUAAAGAUCGGACUGUCCGUUUCCGUGCGACGCAAAUAACUGCGCAUAUUGUGAACUCUCUCGAGACGAUUGACGACGACUUGUACCAUACUAUCCGACAGGGCCUUCUGAAGCGGAUCAGAGAUAAAGAAUCAUCUGUGAGAGUACAAGCUGUGAUGGGUCUUGGCCGCCUGGCAGGCAACGAGGAUGAAGAUGAUGAGGAUAGUGCAGUCUUGGUCGAGAAGCUUGUUGACAUCAUGCAGAAUGACACAAGCGCAGAGGUGCGGAAAACUUUACUUCUCAACCUACCCCUUCUCCGCAAAACGCUUCCAUACCUUCUUGAACGAGCUCGCGAUCUCGACGCUGCCACGCGGCGAGCAUUAUAUGCACGUCUACUCCCUACUCUAGGAGAUUUCCGACAUUUAUCACUGUCAAUGAGGGAGAAGUUGCUCCGCUGGGGUCUAAGAGAUCGAGACGAAAGUGUUAGGAAAGCUACUGGGAAGCUCUUUUACGACCGCCUUUUGGAGCUGCUCGAGAGAAUCGAUGUACUGAACUCUGGCAUUGAGACCGGUAUAGCUCAUGAAGCCAUGCGUAGCUUCUGGGAAGGUCGCCCUGAUUACCGGGAAGCGGUCGUCUUCGAUGAGGAAUUCUGGGAGUCCUUGACAGCUGAAUCAGCUUUCCUGAUUCGCUCGUUCAACGACUUCUGUCGUGUGGAGCACGACGGAAAGUUCGACAACUUAGCUGACGAGAAAAUGCCCGAAGUCACUGCCCUUGCCUACUUCUUAAACAAAUAUAUGACCGACCUAUUGCAGCGGAAGAAGAUGGCCAAGGAAGCCGGUACAGCCACCGAUGAUGACUCUAUCGAGCAUGAGUUUGUUGUUGAACAGUUGUUACACAUUGCCAUGACCCUGGACUACAGUGACGAAGUCGGUCGACGCAAGAUGUUCUCAUUACUCCGCGAAUCUUUGGCGGUUCCAGAGCUGCCUGAAGAAUGUACUAAGCUCGCUAUUGAGACUCUGCGAUUUGUCUGUGGGCCAAACGCUGCCGCCGAAAAUGAGUUCUGCAGUGUUGUCCUGGAGGCCAUCGCUGAAGUUCAUGAUACCAUUGCCACUGAAGAUAGCUUCGUGUCAGCCAGAUCGGAAAUUAGUGAAUCCUCCAGUCGUCACCGAUCUGAAACUCCUGAAGUGAAGCCCUUCAACAAAGAAGAAGCCAAAGCAAAGGUUCUCAAAGAAAUCAUGGUGAACAUGAAAUGUCUUCACAUUGCACUUUGUAUGUUGCAAAAUGUGGAGGGCAAUCUCCAAGCAAACAUGAACCUGGUUACGAUGCUUAAUAACCUGGUCGUUCCUGCGGUCCGCAGUCAUGAAGCGCCAAUUAGAGAAAGAGGUCUUGAGUGCCUCGGGCUUUGCUGUUUGCUUGACAAGACCUUGGCUGAAGAAAACAUGACACUAUUUAUCCAUUGCUAUAGCAAGGGCCACGAGGCUUUGCAGACGACGGCCUUGCACAUCCUAUGCGACAUGCUGACAACUCAUCCAUCCUUACUCGCGCCUGUUACCCAGCCCGACGGAGAGACUGUGACACCGCCAGUAUUCCAAAAGCCAUUGCUGAAAGUCUUUGCUAGGGCACUCAAGUCUAGCUCUCCGAAUAGUGUCCAAGCAACCGCCGCCACCGCUCUUUCCAAGUUGUUGCUCACGAAUACCUUUACUCCCUCUGGGGCUAAUGUCCCUCCAGCUAUCCAAGAGUACAACCAAACAUCCGUCGAAACCCUCUUGCAGUCACUUGUGGUUACUUUCUUCCACCCCCGUACUCGUGAAAAUCCCGCACUCCGGCAGACUCUAGCCUAUUUCCUCCCUGUAUACUGUCACUCGAAGCUGUCAAAUACCCAGCAUAUGCGCAGGGUUUCCGUACCGGUUGUCCGGGCAGUCCUCAAUGCGGCAGAGGAGUAUUUCUCACUUGAAGCGGAAGAGGACAGUGAUGGCGAUAUUGAUGAGAGUGUUGGACAGCGAGAAUUGAAGGCGCUGAUGAGUGGUGUUUUGGGUAUGCUCGCGGAGUGGACCGACGAACGGCGAGUUGUUGGGCUGGGCGGAGAGAAGAUUCUCGCAGGCGGCGCUGCUAGUUCCAACGUAUGUGGCUGGGUUCAUCUCGCGCUGGUGAAGGACAUUCUGGAGCGUGUGCUGGGGAUCAGCGAAGGUCCCAACCGCUGCUCUAAAGAAGAGAAAAAGCUUCUUUUCUCUCUGCUUAGCAAGCUCUACGUCGCUCCUCCCGCUGUGCCCUCAAGGGCUGGUUCUCGCAAUCCGGAGGGCGAAGACCCAAUCGGGCCGAGUGCUCGGAGUACCCAAAGCGAAGUUAGCCCUGAGGAUGCUGCGCUUGCACAAGAGGUGAAAGAGCUUUUGGACGAGACGAUCGAGGAAGGUCUGGCUUCUGAAGCGGCGAGCAGGAAUGCCCUUGUCAAGGUCAAAAACUCGGUUCUUAAGCUCCUGGCAGUCGCCCAAGGCCGCCCAAGUAGCUCCCGCGCUCGUGAGGGGACCGAGGAGGGAGACAGUGACAUACUCAGUCUUCGUUCCGGCCGGUCCGGUAGCGUCCGCCCUUCCAUCGAGCCUGGUGCUUAUCGUCGCGGGGUGUCCAUCGAGCCCAGCAUUAUGGAGGAAGACGAGAACGAUGAUAGCAGGACAACGAUCAAGUCUGAAGCACAGGAUUAUUAG